AUGUCAGGGCAGGUCAAAGACUUCAUUGCAAGCUCCAAAUUUGACGUCCUAGUACCUCAAGCUACUGAGCUCGAUUUCGAAGAGCUUUUUGUAAAUGACGAAGGCCGAGAUGGAGCCAUCUCAAUAUCGUCCAUAGAGCGGAGGUCUUUUCUGUACUUUGAUGAAUCGCUACGGAUUUACAUUAUCCUCCGAACACCAUAUCAGGAUGAGGCAACACUCAAAUCCUAUUUAACCCGGCUGGCUGUAAAUUUGGACAUACAAGCACGAGGCUCCCCAUUGAGAUCCCCUGGUGGUCAUGAUGCACCAAGAGAGACCUCCCCGUCGAGGACCGAAGACACCCUAUGGUCCGGCAGCAUUGAUACUUCGGAAGACCCUUUCAUUGUCGUACAGGAAGAGGAAGAUCACGAUCCCACUCGUACUAUACUUGCAAUAUGGACAACAAGAGCUUUAUUAAGUCGGCCUAGAAUACGGCUCCACUCCCCAACGGUCUUUUUCCGGCUUUCAGCGACCCUAAGGCUUGACAAGGAGGGUGUUAGUGAAAACUUCAAGGAUCCGUUACUCCCAAGCGGCGUUCCGGGCUCGGUCAAUCUACUAGAAUCUUUGAAAGGUGAUCCAGCACUGAAUGGAGUAGUACCGAGGCUCGCAGCAUCUAGGUUAUAUGGUAUCAGUCCUAGGACUCACGAGGGAUACAUCAACGAUGGAAGUCUGAGAGUGGGUACACAGAUGGCCUUUCGAGGUCUUCCUGCGAUCUCAAGCCGAGUGCGGUAUUCGAAAUCCAACGGUACAGCUGGAAGACCUUCUAUUACUGCGUCUCUUGACGUUGAAACGGGAGCGUUCUCGAAUGACGACAUAGCCAUUACUCAUGUCAAUAUGCAAUUGUCUGAAGGCUCUGCAGAGGAUAUGGGGAAAGCCCUUGCUCCUCUAUUGCCCCUCGCAUGUAGACCAAAGGACAAUCCGACUUUCUUGUUCCGCCUUACGCCGAGUGAGCCAGCCCCAGAUGCUUCCAAUCAAAGCUCAGCAAAGACGGUGCUCAUCACAGUCCACGCUACAGUGCUCGUUUCUGAGACAUGUCGACCUAGCAUUGAAAUGCGGUGGAAGACGGGGAUAGAUUUCUCAACUGCUUUGAAUCCUCUUUACGGUGCUCCAGGUCAGUCGAUGCAAAGACAAAACAGACCAAGCAGCCUUCAGAGGACGUCUUUCACAGCGGAUGGAAACGGUUUCCUUGCAUCCGCUCGGGAAGGUGGGGCGUCGUCUGAAUCCGGGUCAAAUGAACAGCGGCAGCGCGCGGGUUCUGUUACUGACUUUGGCGUAUCAAUAGCUUUCACAGCCCCAAAAACUGUGCGCGUGGGAGAGCUCUUUUCUUGGGAUGUCCUGGUCCUAAAUCGCUCAAGCAAACUUCGCCAGCUGGUUUUAAUGGUCAUUCCGAGUCGGAGGAAGGGGCUUACUGGGACGCAUUCAUCGAAAUCAUCUUCUUCGUCUGUGAGGGGUCGCAAGGAUGGUAACUUCGCUAAUGCUGUAAUUGAUGAGAAUUUAUUAUAUGCUAUGCAGAGGAAUUCUGAACAUGAGGCAUCGCAGCUGAUAAGUAUGAGCACUGAUGUUAGGGUUGGACCACUUAGUCCUGACUCUUGUCUUCAUACGGAGCUCAAGUUUCUCCCACUAGCCCUUGGCCAUCUUCAAAUUGAAGCCGUCCGAGUCGUUGAUGUGAUAUCGAACGACUUUAUAGACGUUCGAGACCUGCCUGAUGUCGUGGCGGAAGCGCAGGCUGACGAUGCUCAAUGA